UUGCAACGAAUAAGGUAUCUGCCACGUUUCCUGUUUGUAACCGAAAACGUCGAAAGACGAUAAAAAUAGCAGCAACACUUGUGCACUUCUUGCUGAACAUGGUCACGUACAGGUGAAAGGUUUUAUCAGACAAGGAUUUAUUGGACAUUUGACACUAUUAAAUCAUGGGGACAGUAACAUCUCAGUGUGCAAGUCAACAUGUUGCUAUUGGUCUGACAUCGAUUGCACUGCUGAUAUCUGUGUGCUUAAAUGUUGCAUUCUAUUUAAUAAGAAGAAAGGGAAAAAAAUAUGCAGUUAAUGAAAACAUGUUGGAAUAUGAAGAUGAGCCAUUACAUCAAGAUUCACUUCGGUCUUACAGGUUUGAGGAUGAUGAGAUGGAAAGACAAGAAAAUCCGAUUUAUGGAAAUAUAUGUUUAGAGGGAGGAGGAGCUUUUGAAAUCUCUCAGGAGGUGUGCUAUGAACAAAUGUCACAUGCAAACACAGCAAAGCAGGGAUUAAAGGUCCAGCCAGGGGACGUGUCCUAUGCCUCUCUUGAUCUGACUGCCAAUAAAAAGCGUAGGAAGAAGAGAAAAUACCAAAAACAGGCUCAGACUCACCAGGCCCAGACACAUCCUCAACCUGCAUCCCAGCAGAUCUGCAUGGACCAGGAUGACGAGCCUGAUGUCACCCUCCCGUCCCGGAGCAGCAGCCUCCUGAUUUCACGUCACAGCAUCUACCUCAACAGUCAUCAAGUAGCCCUGGAGGCAGAAGAGAGGGAGAGGGAGAGGGAGAGAGAGAGGGAGAGAGAGAUGGAAAUUGAAAGAGAAAGAGAAAGAGAUGAUAAUGUAGAGAGAGAGUUUGAUAUGCACAGAAAUGUGCAUGAAGGCUUUGAUCACUCCCUCGGUAGAUCAAGACAAAGUCUAAAACUGGACAGUUAACAGUUAGAAAGUAAAAAAAAAAACAACAACAAAAAAAACUUUAGCGUCUUACUUGUAAAAACACAGGAUACUGUGGGGUGGGGCUGUCAGCGACUGUGAUAUUUUAAGCUCAUCUCUACCCCAAAUCAUAAUUUCUGUGCAUUCAAAAGCAUGCAGAGGAGACCAGCUAUCUGAUGUUGUGUCCAAUCGAGACACAUAUAAAGGAGUUCACCACUUUAAAUCUGCUUUCUUGUUUCUUGCAUUUGAAGGUUGGUCUGUUUGUUGUACUUAUAAGAAGAAUAUAUUAACAAAUAUUUAUCUGCUUACUUUUAUGUUUGUUUUUUUAGAUUUUCAGGAUAACAGGCUAUAAAUGCAUAUUUGUGCAAAUAAGGUUGACUCAAGUCAUUUGAUGUAGAUACAGUAUGCACAGAAUAAUAAGGACAGUUUCAUAGCUAUUAUUCAGAGUUGUUGUAAUAUUUUUGUGGCUUUGUCUUGAUAUUAAAUGUCUUGGUGACUCUAU